UAUGACCCUGAACAGCAAUUAUAAAAGACAGAGAGUGAGCGAGCACUCCCAAGAUUCUGAAGAAAUGAGUGUAUCUGAUCUUAAUAUUCAUUUUGACUCAACUAAACUAGAAAACCAUCACAAAGCUUUUAUCUCAAAGACUUCCAAAAAUGGAAAAUUCAACAAAUUCAGAAAAAUUUUUAAAAUACAAAAGGGUCGUUCUUCUAAAAGAAAGAAGCAUAUCCUCAAGUUCUACCAAAUUAGCAUUCUAGAGAACUACUUCAUGAAGGAUCCUGAUUGGCAGAUGGCCACAGUCGAAAUUGCUGCUGCCAAAUUGGGAUUACCAGUCAAGAAAGUAUAUAAGUGGGGAUAUGAUAGAAAGCAUGUCUCAAGAGAUCUCGGAGAUAUCUCCCCAGUUAAUACAAAUGACUAUAAUGCAUUGGUUGAUGAGAUUAUUGUGCUCAAGGCUAAAGAACUUAACCUCAAAUAAAAGAGUCUACAAAAGAAAGAACAAAAAGUCAUCAAAGAGAACAAAAGUGGAGAAAAAGAAAGCCUCCAAAAGACAAAAAGAGGAUAAAACCGUUUCGAAAUUGGCCAGUAUUGAAGAUUCUUCUGAGAAAUUUCUAGAUCAGAAAAUCAAAAAUACUAUCUCAGAAUUUAAGGAUUCUUCUGUAAAAGAUCAUAAGGAUGAGACUCACUCAACCUUCUAUUUAGGGAAUGAUCAGAGAGAAGAAGUUCCUUUCACUACUUUUAGGGACUCAUUCUGGCAAAAGGAAGAUCUCUUUAGCCAGAAUGUUUGAGGAUUUGAUAUUCCUAUAUCAAACCCUUAUUCACCAGACCAUUUGCAAUUAGAGAGCAUUUGUUCUGGAUCUGCUGUUGACUCAAACAUAACAGCAGGUUACUUUUAGGAAUUUUAGG